AACUCACAUUCCAGGCAUAGCAAAGCUAUUGAAGCACUAGGGCAGCGUGAAUGCUGCGGGUUCAGUCUGCUCAGCGCUCUCAGGCAGUGCACACAACUCUCUGCUUAAUACACGCAGCUCUCUGCACCCGGGGAAAGGGCAAAAUCGCAACGAGAGGCCAGACUGCAACACACACAGGCUAUGCUCGGGCUCUCCCCAACAGUCGAAUAGGAUUAUAAUUUAUUACUUCUAUUUUACCCCUCUGGGCUUGACUGAGGAUUUAUUCUCUUGUUAACGAUGAGAACAGCGGAGGAUUCCUCUGGAACGGUUCUCCACCGUCUCAUUCAGGAGCAACUGAGAUACGGGAACCUUAGUGAUAACCGCACAUUGUUGGCUAUCCAGCAGCAGGCUCUGCGGGGUGGAGGUGGCAGUGGAAGUCCUAGGUCAUCCCUAGAAAGUCUUGAACUGGAAGAGAUUCAUAUGGCUCCUUCAGCAAGGCAAGAACCCCAAGGGCAGGAGCAUCACUGUGACCAUUUCUACUUGGAAAACCCUAUGUAUAAGGCUCAUGAAUUUCAGCACAAAGGUGAGGAAUUGCCAACCUAUGAAGAAGCCAAAGCUGCACUCUCACAGUACUAUACAGCCCAGAACACCCAGGCAGUGGAACAUGGUGGUCAUCGGCAGGACCAAUCCCUUAAGGACUUGAAACAUGGCCAUGUCAGGUCCUUAAGCGAACGCCUGCUGCAGAUGUCUCUGGAAAGAAAUGGAGCCAAGCCUCAAAACCUUAUGAGCUCCUCUCAUAGCUUCCCACAGCUUUCAAGGCACUACCAACUAUCAGUGGCUCAUCAGGAAGAUAGGGGACAAUAUAGGGGUGCUCCUCCAGAAUACCCUCAUUAUAAUCAACCAGCACAGGACAUACGAGGAUACACAUCAGAACAGAGACAUUAUUCUGGGGAUCUGCCCGUAUACCACCAGUCUGAAAUCAGACCAAUGCAAGAUCCUAAUCUAAGCUACGGUCCAAUCUCGGCGUUCGAUGCGGCCGGUUCCCAUAUGGCUGGAAUGGAUGCCCUUCUGAGAGAAAACGAGAUGUUACGUAGGGAGCUGGAGAGCUACAGUGAGAAAGCUGUUAAGAUCCAUAAGCUGGAAACUGAAAUACAACGCAUCUCUGAAGCUUACGAGAGUCUCAUGAAGGCGUCCUCCAAACGCGAGACCCUUGAGAAUGCCAUGAGAAGCAGAAUGGAAGGAGAGAUCAGGCGCAUGCAGGACUUCAACCGAGAUCUAAGAGAACGACUGGACUCUGCUAACAAACAGCUGUCUGCAAAGAGUGUGGAGCAGAGGGAGGACUCUCAUGGAGCCGUGUCAAAACUCAUUGCUCAAUGCCGUGAGCAGCAGCAAGAGAGGGAGAAGCUGGAGAGGGAAGUAACACUCCUCCGAAGCGCUAACGAGGAUCAGAGAAGGCGAGCAGAACUGUUGGAGCAAGCACUGAGUAAUGCACAGUCCAGAGCGGCUCGCACAGAGGAUGAGCUACGCAAGAAACGGGCUUAUGUAGAAAAGGUGGAGAGGUUGCAGCAGGCACUGAGCCAGCUUCAAGCUGCCUGUGAGAAGAGGGAACAACUAGAGUUGCGACUGCGUACACGACUGGAGCAAGAGUUGAAGACUCUAAGAGCUCAGCAGAGACAACCGUCUACACAGAGUGUUUCCCUGACUCCAGAGCUCAGUGCUUCAGUAUUGUCUGAGCAGCUGAGGGAGAAAGAGGAGAGGAUUCUUGCUUUGGAGGCUGACAUGACCAAGUGGGAACAGAAGUAUCUGGAGGAGCGGACCAUGCGGCAGUUUGCAAUGGAUGCCGCAGCUACUGCUGCCGCCCAGCGAGAUACAACAAUUAUCAACCAUUCACCUCGCCACUCUCCCAACAACAGCUUUAAUGAGGAUUUGCUGAUGGUCAGCCACAGGCAUCAAGAAAUGGAAAACAGAAUCAAGACUCUUCAUGCUCAUAUACUGGAGAAAGAUGCAGUGAUCAAAGUUCUACAGCAACGCAAACCACACCAGGGGCCCCUACGACCUGCUAAGUCUGUCCCCUCAAUUUUCGCACUAACGUCGCCCAACCAGACCUCAGCCCACAGCGAAAAGCUAGGAGUAACAGGCAACACAUCAAACGAACAGCAGACCUCUUGCACCAGCAUCUCACCUUCUCACUCCAAACAUGGGAGCAAGGACGGCUUCACCCAGACAGACUGUGCAACUGAUCAGAAGACUGUGUCAGAGAGAAAUACAAACUCCUCAUUAGAAUGCUUGGCUUCAUCGAAGAGCACAAACUUUUCUGACAUGGUAGAGAUCCUUAUCUGAGGUACCUGCCUCAUCACCAUAAGGAAACCCAGCAAGGGCUUCUUCUCCAAGUUCUUCUCCGGUGAAUCUGCUGAAUCCAGUCCAGCUUUUAGGCGUGUGCACAAAGAAUCCAGAUAACGGUGCCGUCAAUAAUCUGGAGUAAGGAGUUUAAAUGCAGCAAAUCUUCAUUGAAUAUGAGGUUUUGGUUAAUGCCAAAAUCCGUGCAGCAGUUUGGAAGAUGAAUAUAAAAUGCAAAAGGUUAAGCACUUUGAGGACAUCUCCACAACCGGUUCUAAUCCUUCUGAAGUUGAAGACUGCGUACAAUGAAUGUGAUACAAGAGACAGAUCUCGGAUAUACACAAAUCAUAUUUGUUUUCAGCCUCCCUGUUAAGUAACGGACUUGUAUUCCAGGGGAAGCAGAGUGAAGUCACUUUUGGCUUUGAAACCUGAUGAUUUUUGUUGCUGCUAGAGAACUACAGUCAACUGUAGGGGAGUCAAGUGGUUAAAAGUUACAAAAUUCUUGUCUUGGACAUUUUUCAUGUACAUAUUUUUGUGUUUUUUUUUUUGUAAAUUUGUGUCCGUGUAUUUAUAUCACUGACUAUUUCACGCUCUCUUUCUGACCUUCCAUAUUGUGUUAAGGCUCAGACCCAUAAUAAUGGCGGGAUCGUAGUUCGAUCUUGGCUCUUGCGUUACCUCAUAUGAAGCUCUUUUUGGGAUGUCCCUGCGACAGUGAUAUAUUCAUUUCCAGCUCUCCAUAAAUGAUGAUAUCACACCCUGUUGUCAUCUAGAACCUCAGAAUCCUUUGUCAUAUUUAUUGUGUAUUAUGAAAAAUUCUCCCCACUUUGUACAUUGUUCUCUUAUUUAACUACCGUUGCAGGUCAGUGGUGGUUUUUUUUUUAUUGGCUCAGUUCAUGUGCAAUGUUUACAAUAACGAGAGAAAAAAAAACAGUAAAAAAUCCUUCUAUUUCCUUCAUUUUUAUUCUGCCAGAGGGACUUUCAACAUUUGCCCAUUGGCAAAGAAAGGGCUUAAAAUGUCAUUUAUAUUUUGGUAUUUUAUUUCUGCCUAUUUACGCUGUGAAAGUCUGAAUUCUGUUCCAAAGACGUAUGAGUCUGAGUAUUUUUUUUUUUUUCUUGUGAGUGUAUUAAGUUAUCGAAAGUAUUUAAAAAUGUAAGCGUGGCUGUUGUUCCUUAAUAUUAUUAUUAUUAUUAUUCUGCUUUAUUAUAUGCUGCCUGGUUGCCACCUGGGCCUGCUGUUGCGGACCAGACUAUUGUUAUUUUAAAUACAGAACUAAAUAAAUUUUCAAAGAAAAUA